AUGGCAUGGGUUGAAGAUUGUGAAUACUAUGUUCUAAAAGCUACAAUUACGUCGAACCCGAUAAUAAACGCAAAUGAGUGCGUGGUUUUUGUAAUAUACAUGGAACAAAAUCAAAUGGCUUUCAUUGGAUUCAGUAAAGACACAACAUGGACUUAUAUACGUACAGAAAAUGAAAGCAUUGCAGAUUUUAUUCACUGUCGGGGAGACCCCGAAGACAAAGUUUAUGCCCUUGGGAGUCAUGGAAAUCUUCUAACGUUCAAUAUUAAUACGUCCGACUUCAACUCGGAUGUAAACUCCUUGGAAUGUGGUAUCCCUCCAAAUAGCUUUAUCAGGAAAUAUAUAUUGUGGAUUCAUAUGGGAUUAAUGAUUGACAGGGCUUGUAAUUGGGAAGAUCCUGAAGAGCUAAAGAAAUGUUUUGCCAAAGAGUUCAAAGUUUACAAAUUUAAUUUUGAUAAGUGCUUGUGGAUUGAGAAGAAGGAAACCCUAGGGGAUGAUGUUGCUCUUUUUGUUGGAGAUAAUCUCUCAAUACGUGUGGUGGCUUCAAAGUUUCCGGGAUGUAAGCAAAACUCCAUGUACUACAACCAUGAUUUCGAUGAAAUUGACUUCCAUGACUAUAUGCUAAAUGAUUUUGGUGUAUACGAAAUGGAAACGAAGAGCAUUUCAAAGCCUUGCUCCUCGCAUGUGAUGACCUUAUUAGAGAUGGUCAAUCAUCGUCCAAUUUGGUUUACGCCAACUUUUCAGUUGUAA